AUGGAAGAAAAACACUGUGAAUACUGUGGAGAAACAACUGGUAUUGUUCAGUGUCAAUGUGGUAAAUAUUUUUGUAAUGGUAAAAUUAUGAAUGCUGGAAUAUGCCAACUCCUUUAUCAUAUGAGAGUUAAUUCCCAUUUUAGUAUCUCUUUUGAUGGAGUUGUGCUAAAAUGUUCUCAAUGUGAAGAAACAAAUAUAUAUAAUCUUCAUUAUAAAUAUAACUCAAAAAAUUUCUUAUGUUCUCAUUGCUUAAAACGCCAGAAUAAUAAAAUAACCAAACAACUAUACACUAAGAGUAUUGUUAAUGAAGGUGCUGUUAUAAUAGAUAACUAUGAAGUUGGUCAAUCUGUUUCUUGUGUUAAACAAGAUUUAGUUGAUAAUAUUGAAUCGCAAUUCCCAAAAGAAAAAACAAAUAAAAAAGUUAAAGAUAAAUAUUUAACACUUAAAGAUUAUGUUCAGACAUACUUAUAUCUAUCUAUAGUUGAAAAGAAAGAAGAUCGUAGAGUAGUUGAAGUUGAAUUAAGACAAGAAAAACAAAAUAUUAAAUUUGAAAAGCAAGGUACAUGUACAGUUGUGGAGAUUAACCUUUAUAAAGCUAUUGGAGGUCUUCACGUAGAAGACGAGGUGAUCAUUAGUUGUGGUGGGUUAAAAGGAAUGAUUAGUGACACAAAUUCAAUAGAAAUAAAACUAUUUCCAUCUUUAAUCUUUAAAUCAUCAAAAUGUGUAUUUGGAGGAAACAUUACUUCAAGUAGAGGUAAAACAGUUACUGUUCAGUUAGAUGAUUUUCUUUUUGGAA